UCUGCCGAGCGACUGGCGCCGGGCGACCGAGGACGCGCCGUGGCGCAGGGCUCCUGGGGGAUGUCGCGGGGCCGGCGCUGCGCCAGGAGGAGCUCGAGCCGAGGCACCCGCAGUGCUUCCACGCUGCGUGGAGCCAUCCAGACGCGAGGGUGGGUGCCCCCUCCCCCGCGGGCACCGGGCUCUUGGCAGACGCGACGUGCCCUGUUUGAUGAAUGAGCCUUCCCGGUUGGGACGCCUGGCACGCCCUGUCCGUUGCCGGCCUCGGACGCGGAGACGCCCUGGCUCUUCCCAAGCCCGGGCGCGCGGAGCAGGUCCUGCGGUGCCCGCUUCGUCGCUCCCCCCCGGAGGUACCUGAUUGCUCCUCUGAUCCUACUUUCCUCUUUGCAGCCGGCUCUGACUCCUGCCGCGCUUAGCUAGCUGCGUUUUUCCCUUCCUCCCAGGAAGAUCAGCCUCCGGCCGGCCCAGAUAGGAAAAGGAGGUCUGCGUGAAGACCCAGGUAGUUCUAGCACAGGAUGAAGCUUGAGGAGCUGUGACCACGCUGGAUGUUGAGUGAACUGCCGUCUCUCGUCAAGGAUGGCUGCCGUGGGGUUGUUCCUUGUCUGGAGCGUGCUCUUACCUGCGUUACUCCUGGCUUUGUACCUCCCCACUCCGGAGAACUCUACCUGGCACUUGUCUUUGAAUUCUGCCCCAGAGCUUUCUCUGCUGGAAGUUUCCUCCAAAAUGUCUCUUCGGAGAGCACUACCAGCCAUUCCUCAUUCAGAUUCUUCUGCCCAUGAGUUCUCCAGUGGAGAUGGGGAAUUGAAGAAUGAGAACAGACGAGGUGCCAGUCCAACUGGCCACCCUGGAGCUGCAAUAUCCAUGAUGCAGUUUGAGCUUCCUGAAAAGGGGGCACCAGCCAGUUCUUCUGGUGGACUUUUAGCUCCCCACUUGACUGAGGAGAGUCUUGUUCUGCCAACAGAAGGCUUUUCCAGAGUUCAGGGAGAAGUUGAGGAUACUGGCAGUAUAACUUUGGAACAAAGUCCAGAACAGGGGAAGAAAGAGUUCUCCCUUCCUUCUUCUGGCAUGUCAAAUAUAAACAUGUCCACCUUGGUGGUGGCCUCUCUUCCCACUUCACCCAGGUUACAGGCCUCAGAAUUACUUGUCUCCCAGGAGGAGAUCUUGCCCAGCAUCCACCAGGCAGGGUUCAAACAUGGCCUCCCAGCAACUACUUUAAGCCCCAGGCCCACAGUGUCCACCAUUCCCUUGGCAACAUUCCCUGUUACCAGAUCCCAUGUCAGAUGGGAGGCAGCUGAGGGUACCAAACCUAAGGAUAAUACUUUAAGGGGAUGGCCGGGAAACAAAGUGCCAGAGCAGGAGCUGCUGGGCCAGAAUCCAACCACAGCAAAAUAUUUGGCUUCAUACAGGAGUAGACAGGUCUACAGUGGCCUCCCAGGCCAGGAGGAGCUCUCUACGUCUCCUCUUAGGCAUGUGACUCAGGGAGAUACUCAGAAUCUCCCUGGGCAAGACAGGGACAUACUAUCAAUGACUUCCACCUCCCAGGAAGGUAUAGUUACCCCACUGAUUGGGAAGGGGCAGAACUUUGCCCAUGCCCCAGCAAGCUCCCAUCCACCAAUUUCAGAUGACCACUUCCCUGUCUCUUUCACCCCUACACUGUCCGAAGAACCCAAUCCUCAUCUAAGGAGCACCCACUGGAAUCUGAUCCCUGAUACCACCCAGCAGCCAAGACUUUGGGACAUGGAUGGAAUGGGAAAGACCAUCUUCCAUAGCAGCUCUGCUACCCCAGGGAUUGGAGAAAUGCAUGACAUUGCAGAGCCCCAACGGGUCAGGGGAGCAGUGAACCCCAAAGUCUCUCUCCCAUAUUUUGGCUCCUCUACCCCUGGGCAGAGCCCCUCAAAAGUGCAGGAUGAUCCAGGAACCAAGCACUCAGGUGCAGCUUGGAAGCAUCCCUCUGGGCAGAGCAGCACCGGGGUGUCCACUACAUCUGCCCGUGUCCUGGCUACCCCUCGCCGUGGGUUAAUCCAAGUCACCACGCAAAGAGUCAUGCAGCAUCCCCAGCUGCCUAAGCCGGAUCCCAGCCGGCCCGCCAGGCCCCCUGCUUCCAGCCCACCUUGCCCCGGCCUUGGAAACACCUGCCACCAGCUGCUGCCCAACCAGACCCUGCUGCGCUGGGGGGAACUUGAGCACACGCUGAGUUUUGCCUGGGGCCUGCAUGUCUACGGCUCCGGGGUGCUCUUUCUGCUGCUAAGCCUGUUGAGUUUGGCAUGCCUGGGGGGAUCCCUUUCCGUGCACGGGUGGCACCUCCCCCAUGUCCUAGCUGCCAGUGCCCUGCUCCUGGCGUUUGGGGUGCUGCGGACCACGUUCUUUCUGGCUGACCCCUAUGGCUCCCGGGGCCAGCUGCCUGCCCGUGCCGUGCGGCUGCUCUACACGGUACCCUUCCCUCUGCUGCUGAGCACCUUCAUGGUGCUUCUGCUCCGCCUGCUUCAUCAGGCCCGCCUGCAGGUCUUGCCGCCCAGGUGGCAGAGCUUGCCACUCUGGGCUGCGCUGAGUUCCCUACACAGCAUCAUUCUCCUGGGGGCUGACUUGCUCUCCCCGCCAGUGCACUUGGCUGUGCCCGUGGGGCUCCACACCCUUUCCUGCACUGCCGGUCUCUGCCUCCUGCCAGCCACCGUGUUUGUGUACUGGCUGCUGCGGCACAGCCGGGGGAUGGAGGGCACCUUGGAGCCGGGUUUGUGGCGCGAGGCCUGGGUGCUGCUGGCAAGCAGUGGGUUGGCUCUGCCAUGCUGCGGCCUGCAGUUCUACGGGGUGCUGUGGCUCUCGGGGUCACUGGGGCAGCCGGAUGUUUUCACCUGGGGCUGGUGGUUUGUGCAGUUCUGGUUCCGGAUUGGUGAACUGGCGCUCUCCUUUAUCCUGGCCUUGCUGGCUUGGCAGGCGCUUUGCCAGCACCGCGGCGCCACCGAGCACUCUUGCUGGGCCAAGCUCCUGAGCUACUUCUGCGCCUACCGCAAGGCUGAAGUGCCGGAGUACCCCAACAAUUGCUACGACUGGCCUGGCGGGGUCCUGGAGAAGGUGCCCAGUCACAACCUCAAUAAUAACUUGAUCCGGAACUCCCCCGGCGGUGGCGGCGGUGGCAGCCUCCUCUGGGCUCUGAAGGACAGCAACGAGCUGCGGGCGGGAGCCGGCCAAGGCUCCAGCCCCCCGCCGCGGCGCGCGGGCUACGGCCCCAAGUGCCCCAAUGUGGCCGCGGCAGCCAUGGGCCGCUCCUAUACCAGCAUCUGCUUCGAGCGGGAGUCGGUCCUCUCGCUGGCCGAGCUGGAGUUCCGGCCUCCCUCGCCCAUCAACCUGAGCCGCAGCAUCGACGAGGCGCUCUUCCGCGAGCACCUGGUGCGCGAGUCCAUCUUCCUGCGCUCCAGCCUGCGCUUCCCGGCGCGCCAGGACUCCUGCGCCUCGCUGCGCGGCGACUGCUCCACGCUGUCCCACGCGGCCCAGCCCCUGCUGGCCCAGCCCCGCCGGAGCAGCGAUCCCGACUGCCUGUACAGCUUAGCGCGGACCAGUUCGGCGGGAGAGCCCCUCGGCCACGGCCUGGCCAGCGAGCCCGCGACGGACACCUCCUUGGACAGCUUCUCACGCACCUCCUUCUCCCGGGCCUCCCUGAAGAUCAGCUGGAACCCGUGGCGCCACGGGCUGUCCUCCCCCGAAAGCCUGCCCUCGGAGGAACUGCCCAGCCAGCAGCUCCGCGUGCUGGCGGAGGAUCUCCCUCCGGCGCCGUCCAGCAGCGCACCCAACUCCGAGCGUGAGGCCCGGAAGAGCUUCCUGGCUCUCAGCAAGCAGGUGGAUUCCCGCAGCCUCUCGAGUGACACCAUUGAAUUGUGAGACGGGGCGGGGGCUGAAGGCCUGCCCCCUGUGGGGAAGGAGAAGCCGACUGGGGAGUGGGGCGCAGAGCAGUCCCACUUCCUUUUUAAAAGCCGCGGGGCUUUUGCAGCCCCAGCCGUUCAUGAAUUGGACCCAGAGAAGAUGCCAGGCCUCCCUUGUAACGUCCACCACCUAAUGAAGAGUAAAAGCAGCCAUUCCUGGAAUGUCCACCGCACACCCUACGCUUGCCAGCCUCUCAGUUUUAAGAGCUGCGCUAUAGCAACAGGCAGAUCCCUGGAAACCUCACAGCUUGGAUGCUGAAGGAAGGAGGACAUAACUUGUCUGUGGCACUGAGGCCCUAGAAAGAUGCCCUUCAGGAGAAGGCAGAGUGGGGCAAGCAAGCAUUUGGCGGGGGGGGGGGGGGGCUUUGUAUGCAGAAAUCCCCCUUUAGGACAAUACAGUUGCGUAGACCAGUGUUCCUCAACCUCAUCAACCUUAAGAUGUGUGGACUUCAACUCCCAGAAUUCCCCAGCCAGCAUGCCAACAUCUUAAAAGUUGCUGAGGUUGAGAAAUACUGGCAUAGAAGAUAGUGAUAAUACAGUAACAAGACCGGGAGGAAUUUGGCCCAAGUCCCUGUGGAGCCAAUGUGCCAAUGAAGAGUCCUGAGCUCAGCUGGGAAUGUUCUGACUCGAAGAAGAAGAUAGUUUAACACCCAUUUGUCUUGUGAAUCAUAGAACUGAGGUUUCUGGUUCAGCAUCUGUAGUUCAAAGGGCAGUGAUUCAUUCAGCUGCUUCAUCUUUUUGUUUGGAAAGCUCCUUUUGAAAGUCUCAUGACUGGGACAGAAAAUAUGAACUGCAGAUAAUUGCUUCUUGGCUACCAAAAUAGGUGUGACCUUCCCCCAUUUUGUUGCACAUACAUGGAUACAUACGCCUGGAUAUGUUUCCAGAUGCUACAGGGUUGAUCUUUUUUAAAAAAAAAAAAAAGUUUUCAGAGCCCCUUCUGACAGACUACAGUCUGUGCAUCUUCUAAUCAAUUGAUAUUCUUAUUCCACUAUUUAUUUUUUUAAUCAAAAUCCACACUUGCCUGAAAUUCAAACCUUGAGCUGGAUUCUGGGGGGGUGGAGGAGAAUCAGAGUUGUACACUGGAGUUGAAACUGUAGAGAUAAUGUUUCUUCUAAUAGCACAAAUUGUACUUGCCCAGUAUUAUCUUAUCAGUUCCUGCAGUGGCAGAAGAGAAGAAGGUUCAAGCUGUCCAGAUCUGAAGUUGAACAGAGGCUGCUGAAUGUUAUGUGGUCUAUUUGUGCCAAAAAACAAAAUAAAACUUGCCAGAGGAUGAUACA